AUGGCCGCGCGUGAUGUUCAAUCCCAUGACGGAGAGGGUGAGUUUGGGGCGGCGGAGGAGGGCGGAGAAGCGGGUGACGUCCUUGUUGAAGGACCAGGAGACGCCGUCGGGGGUGGACUGGGGGGUGCUGGUGCGGAGGAGCUCGGCGCCAGUGAGCCAGACGGUGGCGAUGCGGUCGGAUUGGGUGCCGUUGGCGGAGGCGGAGAAUCAGAAGACGGCGUUGGAGCAGGUGUAGUUGAGGGGGGCGGAGUAGUUGGCGGCGAAGGGGGGGAGGUUGAAGGUGUUGCCGAAGCUGAGGUUGAAGACGGGGAGAGUGCAGGCUGCUAG